AUGGCCGCCCGCGUAAUUGGAGAUCAGCUCCGGGCACCUGUGAAUAAUGCUGAAGCAACAUUUGAGAAAAUUUUUUGCCAGAAAUGCGGCGAGUGCACCGGUUGUGGAAAAGAAUUUGCUAGCGCAAGUGGACGAAAGAAUCACGUCUUGAAAGAGCAUUUUGACUGGUCAGUUGUAUGUCCAUUGCGAGGUUGCUCAGAUAUUUAUUCAACAACUAGCGAAAUGAAACAACAUUUCCAGGUGUGA